GCUCUCGAUGUCCCGACGCCCUUCAUGGCCUCCGUUUCGCGGGGAAGCUGGGAAGUUCUGCAGCGCAGCAUUGGCAUCUCCGCCAUGCACAUGCAGCUCCUUCACGACAACAAGAUCGUCAUGUACGACCGCACCAACUUCGGCCGCUCCAACCUCACGUUACCCGGCGGCCGCUGCCGCGACAACCCCCGCGACCUCGUCCUGAAGCACGACUGCACCGCCCACUCCGUCCUCUAUGACGUCGAUUCGAACACAUUCAGGCCCCUCAUGGUCCACACCGACACGUGGUGCUCCUCCGGCGCCGUCGACCCCAGCGGCACCCUCGUCCAGACAGGCGGCUACAACGACGGCGAGCGUGUGAUUCGCACCUUCACUCCCUGUGAAGACGGCCGUUGCGACUGGACCGAGCUCUCAGUGAACCUCACCAAUCGCCGGUGGUACGCGUCGAACCAGAUCCUCCCCGACGGUCGGGUCAUCGUCGUCGGCGGCCGGAACGUCUUUACCUACGAGUUCUUCCCCAGGGCUCGCUCGUCGCCGAACAAUUUCUUCAUGAAUUUUCUCAAAGAAACGAAUGAUUUGAAAGAAGAAAACAAUCUUUACCCGUUCUUGCACCUCUUGCCGGACGGCAACCUCUUCGUUUUCGCGAACACGCGCGCCAUCUCCUUCGACUACACUCGUAACAGAAUCGUCAGGGAGUUUCCGGCUAUCCCUGGCCUCGACAAGCGCAAUUACCCCAGCACCGGCUCUUCAGUAAUGCUCCCCCUGUGGCUCGCCGGCGGUAACUCGACCCGUAUACCCGACACGGAGGUGCUGGUCUGCGGUGGAGCCCCGACCGGUUCGUUCCCCAAAACGCGUGAGAAUAUCUUCUUACCCGCUUCAAGGACGUGCGGGCGGAUUAAGGUGACCGACCCGGAACCCGAAUGGUACAUGGAGGAGAUGCCAAUGCCCCGGGUCAUAUCGGAUAUGAUCCUUUUACCCACUGGUGACGUCAUCCUCAUUAAUGGAGCCUCCAAUGGGACGGCGGGUUGGGAGUCCGCUAGAAACCCGGUUUACAACCCGGUUCUGUACGUCACGUACGAGAAGGAUCCGACCCUUAGGUUCGUGGUUCAGAAUCCGUCGUCCAUUCCCCGGAUGUACCACUCCGCCGCGGUUUUACUACCCGACGGGCGUGUUCUGGUGGGAGGGAGCAACCCUCACAGGUUCUACAACUUCACGAUCCAACCGUUCCCUACUGAUCUGUCCGUUGAGGCGUUUUCUCCGCACUACCUGGCUCCACUGUACGUUCCCCUCCGCCCUUCGAUCGUAGCAGUCGAGACGGGAGGCAGCGUGAUAACGUACGGUCAGAUGUUCUCGAUGACGUUCAUUCUUACGAUUAACCUUCCUGACGCUGAAAUUUUCGUUUCAAUGAUGGCACCGUCGUUUACGACGCACUCCUUCGCCAUGAAUCAACGGCUGCUGAUGCUUAAGGUGGCGAGGGUUGAUCGGCUGUCAUUGUUCGCACACAAGGUUACAGUGCACGCCCCCCCGACCAAUGUAAUCGCGCCACCUGGAUAUUACAUGGCUUUCAUUAUCCAUGCUGGAAUCCCGAGCUCCGGUGUGUGGGUGAAGCUGCAACAGUCAAGAUGA